AUGGAUCGAAACUCCACGACCAAAGCCCUCUCUCUAUGGGAAAUACUGCAUCCCAUCCUCAUCAACCUAGACAUGCGAACUCUUCUCCACGCACAGCGAGUGUGCCGCCUUUGGCAUCACAUCACCACUAAAUCAAGGAGCCUUCAGAAGGCCCUAUUCUUCCUGCCCGUGGAAGAGCGUCAGGCUACGGCCUCUGAUGAACGACGGAGCCAGAUAAACCCUCUAUUCAGGGAGAUUCUCUGGCCUCAGCUAUCAUGGCUUGCAACUUGCGGUCGCAAGCUUAAAUACUCGGAGCGCAAACGACAAGCUAAGACCCGUAGGAUUCCAAUUCUCCGUUCAGAGAACGCUAGCUGGCGGCGAAUGCUCAUUCGACAGCCCCCACCGAUUACAAUAGGUAUUAAGGGCGAAGAUGAAAAUUUCUCUCCAGCCCCGAUCAUAUAUUAUGACGAAGACAUCUCCACUGAUACUCUCUGGGCCCUGACGAAUAUAUCCUUCUUCGCCGAUCACUGUUUCACGCGAUGCAUAUUCAGUGGCGACAACAGCUGGAAGGAGAGCUGUCCGCAGGAAGCCGAGCUCAUCUCCGACCAAGAUCUUAAAAAAUGUGAUAUUUUAGUUAUGGGGCACUGGCCGCCUAAUUAUCUUCUCAGGAUGAUGCAAUGGAUCCUGAGAUACGAAACCCACUACACCGGCCUAUCUCUACGGACAGACAUACACCCACCAUUGCUCGAUUUCUAUUACUUGUUUAAAAGAGAUAGAUCGCUGAUGGCGCACGAUUGGACCUUUGUCAUUGCCAAUCACAACGGACCAGUUUGGACAUAUAAUGUUGACGACAUGGCUCGGGAUGGUGAAUCUACUCUCGCCGGCGACACGUAUCGGACUCAGCUGAAUCCUUUGACUGAGGAAGAAGCAACAGUGGUAAAACAGAUUGUGAACCAUGAAUCACUUCCUCGAGGAGUUAUACCUGCCGCGAACUAUUUAAACCGGUUCUUGCGUGUUAUGGCAAAGCUGUUUGAGAAGGGCAUUUUGCCAAAGGUUGUGUUUGAAGAGCAUAGAAUCAUCUACGGGGUCCGUUGA